AUCGGAAUCGAUUGCAGAUUUAGCAUGUGCCAGCCCACCGGCAUUAGAUGAUAAACACAAGAGCUUCGAGCCCAAUUCCUCUCCCCCCGCAUCUGGAGCUUUUUUCUGCUCCAUCUCCGUUCCAGCAUUCAAACAUCAGAGAUGGCUUCAGAAAAGAAAUCCGUCCUCAUUACGGGCUGUACGCCCGGAGGCAUUGGCCAUGCUCUAGCCUUGGAGUUCCAUCGCAAAGGCUGUCAUGUCAUUGCUACAGCACGUAAUCCCGAUGUGCUCAAGGAUUUGGCGGCCAUGGGCAUGAGCGCCGUCCAGCUGGAUGUCACCAACGGCGACAGCAUCAGGGCUUGCAAGGCCGAGGUUGCCAACAUCACCGGCGGCAAGCUUGAUGUUCUUGUCAACAAUGCCGGCCGGACUCACACCAUCCCGGCUCUAGACAUUGAGAUAGACGAUGUCCGGCAGACGUAUGAGACCAACGUCUUUGGCCCCAUGUUCACGACCAAGGAAUUCGCCGAGCUCCUCAUCGCCGCGCGAGGCCUCGUCGUCAACGUCUCCUCCAUCAGCUCCAUCAGCCCUUACAUCUUCGGCUCCGUCUACGCCUCCACCAAGGGAGCCAUCAACAGCUACUCGCGCGUGCUCCGCCUGGAGCUCAAGCCCUUCAACGUCCGCGUCAUGGUCGCCAUGGCCGGCACCGUGCGGUCUCAGAUCGCCAGCCACCAGCACCGCGCGCUGCCCAGCACGUCGCUCUACAUGCCCAUCAACGACUUUUUCCAGCGCCGUCUGGUCUUUAGCCAGAACAAUGCCACGGUGCCGACUGAGGUGUUUGCGAGGAAGCUCGUGGCUUCGGCGCUCAAGGGAGAGGGAUAUCUUGGGGGCUUGAUCGGUGGCUCGCCGGAUUGGUUUUGGGCGGGAGGAUUCUCGACGCAGGUUUGGCUGCUUUCGAUGGUCCCGGCCUGGGUUUCUGAGUGGGCGAUGGGUGUGUUCUUUGGAAUUGCCAGCUUGAAGAGGACUAUCACUCAGGCACGUCUGAAGCAGAAUUAGACUUGGGGAUGAGGGUUACCAGAGUGCCCGAUACGGCCGGUCCAAAGCGGGCUUUUUGUUUGGGAGGUCCGAUGUAGGGGCUUUCUCUUAUUGUUUAAUAUCAUGAGUCACUACCCAUUUCGUAUUGUAUUGUUGGAGAGUGCCUUUGUCAUUGGAUGGUGGCUAAUGCACCUAUCACAGCUCGGGGAUUUCCUUAUAUGGUAACCUGGAAAUCCCUUGCUGCACCACCGUAAACGAUGCUUGACUCGCCGCAGAUUAAUAUUCAAUAAAGAAUCAUAGCCACAUCGAUACCAAUAGACGAUUCAAUUAAAUUGCACC